AGUUCUUUCUCCUCGUCGCCAUCAAUCAGUACCCACAGUUCUUCCUGCCGAUAAAAUUUUUGAUUUUGCUUUCGGGAAUGGGGAUGAGGGAUUGAUGAUAAUUCUCUCUUCUUCCGCUUCUACUCACCCUCUCUCUCCUCAUCGACCGUUCCGUAUCUGCUAGGAGGUUUUGCUUGGACGCGAAUUUAAUCUUGGAGAUCGGUUGAAAGCCCUUGUCUCUAAGGGUUUUAAAGUCCCAGCAAAAGGGGAGAGUUGAAAACAUGGAACAUGAUGAGGCAAGCUGUCAAGCUCCCCCUGAGGGUCCCUUUCUGUGCAUUAACAACUGUGGCUUCUUUGGAAGUGCGGCUACUAUGAAUAUGUGUUCCAAGUGCCACAAGGAUUUGAUGUUGAAGCAAGAUCAAGCAAAACUGAGUGCUUCAACUCUCGGAAGUAUCAUGAAUGGAUCAUCGAGUUCUAACCAAAAGGAAUCCUUUGUCACCACCGCCAGUGUGGAUGUGCCAGUUAGUUUGGUUGAACCAAAGAUCACCCCGAUGCAUGUGUCUCCUGUGGUUGUUUCUGCAGGGAGCAGUGAAGCAAAGCCAAAGAAUGGACCUAGACGAUGCAACAGUUGCAACAAGCGAGUUGGAUUAAUGGGGUUCGACUGUCGUUGUGGUAACAUCUUCUGUGCCAUUCAUCGUUACUCUGACAAACAUGAUUGCCCCUUUGAUUAUCGCACUUCUGCACAAGACGCAAUUGCCAAAGCCAACCCCAUUGUGAAGGCAGAGAAGCUCGAUAAGAUCUAGCACUUAUCUAGCACAUGUUGGGUUUGUGUUGAUCAAUUGUCAUCAUUUCAUCAUCACGUAGAUGAUUUCUGCUUUGCUGCAUGCAUAUCCUGUAACCUGCAUGCAUAUUUGAAGGAGGUAUGGCAAUCAGCUGCAUCUCUGCAGUUAGAAGAAAAKGUAGGAAGCGUUACGUCGACAUCAGUAUUUUCUGGUUCUUAUAUCGGUUUAAUGUUAUCAUCAUAAGCGUGUUACAUGACUGUACUGUGUCAUAAGAGGAAUACGUAUCUGAAUGCAUGCUGCCCAUGUUUAAUUUGUUUGUAAGCAGCAGUUGUGCUUUAAAAUGUUCAUGGAAUGCCCUCUUCUCUUUGAUGGAUU